AUGAACUCAUCCAUGGCUUGGUAUCUCAAAUAUGUGAUACCCUUUAUCUUUUUUAUCUCCCUCAACUUUACUGCAACCAGAGCACAGGGCCUUUCUUAUGAGUACCAAGUUUGUUCAGCAAACCAUUUCACUCCCAAUAGCACUUUCCAGAGGCACCUCACAACCCUGUUCUCUUCCUUAUCUUCCAAAGCCUCCAGCAAUGUCCAAUUCUUCAACAACACCGUCACGGGAACAAACUCCUCCGAGACAGUGUACGGACUAUUCAUGUGCAGAGGUGACAUCCCCUCCGACAUAUGUAAUAACUGCGUCGGAAACGCAACACAGCGACUAUCCACACACCCAGACUGCAUCUUGUCCAAAGCAGCAGUGGUGUAUUACGAUGAGUGCAUAGUUCGGUAUUCCAACCUUUCUUUCUUCUCCAGCCUAACCAUGCUAGCCGGCUAUGUCCUUCCGAACCCCACCAAUAUGACCAACCAAGAAAGCUUCAAGGCUUUACUGUAUGACACCAUGAACAAAACUGCGGAUGACGCAGCCGAUUAUCCUACUGGUGCUAAAAAGUUCGCCACAACGGAAACAAACAUAGACAUAUUUCAGAAGCUUUAUUGUCUUGCUCAGUGCACACAAGACCUGUCUCCCGGAGAUUGCAGAAUAUAUUUUGGCAUGGCUAGAAUUGUUGAUAUAGAUCAAAACCGUACAGAAACUGAUCGAAUUGUUGGAACGUAUGGUUAUAUGGCACCAGAAUAUGCAAUGCUCGGACAAUUUUCGGAGAAGUCAGAUGUUUUUAGUUUUGGAAUCAUGAUUUUGGAGAUUAUUAGUGGUAAAAAGAAUGCAAAUUCUUACGUAUCGCAUCAUGUUGAUGAAGGCCUGAUGACUAAUGUUUGGAGAAAUUGGACGGAUCAAACACCAUUGAGUAUAGUGGAUCCAAAUAUGAAAGAAAAUGAUUAUGAAAGUGAAGUGAUUCGAUGCAUUGAAAUUGGGUUAUUAUGUGUUCAAGAGAAUCCAAAUGUGAGACCUACCAUUGGAGAAGUAGUUUCUUAUCUGAACGAUCUCACACUUGAAUUGCCAUCUCCCCAAGAACCAGCAUUCUUCUCUCAUGGAAUAAAUGAAAAAGAGGCCAUGCAGCAGGGAUCACGUUCGAUACCAUUUUCUGUGAAUGACAUGUCUAUUACUGACUUUUAUCCACGAUAA